AUAUGGUAUAUGAAAUGACAUUUAAAGUGUUUUCCGCGCAAGAUGUAAAUUUCAGUCAGCCUCCAUAUGGAAUGACAGUGGAUGACUUAUGUUUGUUGUAAAACCGCAUGUCAGCCUGCUUUACCCUGAACUGAUCAUGAGAAUGCUACCAUGCGAUUUCGGUGAAAUUUUGCGAGGAAAAGUUGUUUUCUUAUACGAUAGUUGCCAAAAUUCUCUCGUGCUCGUUAUCUAUUUAUUUCUUUUGUGCAAUGAUUGGACAGAUCAAGAGAAUAUAAUUCUUAUAUUCCUUUUUCAACAGUCAUUCCGUACGGAAGCUGACUGAUAUUUACAUUUUGCGCAGGGAAACGUUCUGUGUCAUUUUGUGAAUCAUGUAUGCUCGAGAAAUGUCCUUAAUUUUCCGUGACACUUACACAGAUCAAUCAGUCCUAGUUGCGUGUCCGCUGAACACCCCCAUAUACUGCGUUAAUUUUUCCCCUUCGAUUUCAAGCGCAUGCAACGGCAGCUGUGUCGUCGUUUUUAGCGACUUUAAAGUGUUUAUCAACAAAGGAAAUAGAUCUCACUUAAAACCAAGAGUGAAAUGAAUUAAUUUGUAAAGAAAGAGCUUUCAACAUGAAAGACACAUCGGAAAACCAUCCAACCUCACGGCAGUCGGCACGUCCAGAGACGACAACAAAUCUCCGACCUAAAGGCACAUCUUACUCUUCUCGCCAUAAUCAGACACGACCUAUAACGAGUAAGUAUAAAGUUGAUUUCCUUAUACCUUUAUACUCGAUUCAAUGUUUAUUCGUUUGAUUUGGUGGUGUAGUCAUUGCAAAGAAGUCAAUGAUUAUUUGUUUACUCUUUUCACUUUGCAGCUGACGUCGAGGAGACACCUUCGGCAGAGAGUCAGCGGCCGGGUGUGAGGCUGACAUCACUUUCUGCCUUGUACCAGCCCGCUUUUAAGCCAUAUUCCUUCACUCACAUGUACGACACAAAAUACAACAGUGAUUUUAGAGGCAGAUAUUGGCCGCCUCCUGUGCCAAACAGGUAAAAAUACUCGAGUAUUUAACUACAGUGCCUGAGCUACUCUAAGUGGUUGUCAUAGUAACGCGGACGAACGCUUGCCAUAUUUUGGCUGUAGCAACUUCCAAAGGGUAGUUUACAAGCUAAAUUAAAGGUAUUGUGUUAAAGAAAAUAACACUAAAGCAAAGUGUUUUCAAAUUUCUACUUGACAUGGAACAAAUGGUCAUGCUUUCGUCGUAACACAUUGCAAACGUGAGAGUGAUGCGAAACAUUAAGGUCAUUUCAGCGAUUGAACAGCUUUAUGGUUAACCUGAAAACCACCCCGGUUUGAUGGCUUAGUUACUCAGAUAUCGUAUGGAUUAGUCUUUUAUGAUAUGGGAGAGUAAAACCUUUUCUUGAAGCCUUUGCAAUCGAUCGUCUCAUAGCUAAAGUAAAACUGAAGUUCGUCGAAAUAUAAUUUGUUUAGCCUUUGUUGUGCUGUACUAUUCACAAAUAAUUUUAUAAGGCGCGGUGAUUCUACCUCGAACUGCUUGAACUAGAACCAUUUCCUGCUAAAAGAAAAGUUAAGCCCACUCUCUUUCCCGAAGUACUAAUCGGAAGGUUGUCGGUUCGACUCGUAGGGGGAGCAUUCGGAGUUCUUUUUCUCCGAGUAUGCCUGUGCACUGAAUAAUUUCGUAUUUCAAUCUCUUUCCCUGAUCUCUCUCUUUUCGGAGACUGAAUCAAUAGUUGAAAACAUGGCAGCGCUCCGUUGUCCGAAAAAUAUGCUUCAUUUAUUUUGGGACGACCGAAGCGUACCUCAAAUUAUUUUGAACUUGUAGGCUCACUCGUUUGAUUAUUCUUUAUGACAUGAGGAAUAUUUAAAAAGUUUACAUUUACAUAAAAAAUUUGCUCUACAAUAGCUGCUAUUAAAUUGAAUAUAGUUAUUUCUUUUUUCAGGGUUUCUUCUGCCAACUACGCUCCAAUCAACUACAGAUUUGGCUCCACGACAUACCAACGACACUUUCAACAGAGAAAACCUUUCCCUACUGCGUUUGUAAUUCCAUAUUCUCGUCACAACAACCCCCAGCCAAACAUGGUCAACUCUUAUAACUGUCCGGAUGGAGUAAGUUGCCAGCUUUUUUUUUUUUAUUAGCAGUAGGCGCCAGGAGGGAUUUGAACGUGGCACAAAUCUUGAUGCUCGUGUCGUCUUCCAGUCGAUUCUAAUUCUUUUUGCAAAUCCAACCCAAUGCGUAUCCGGUGCCAAGAUAGAAUACGAACAGUACCUCCUUUUUGGCGAAGGCGGCGCGCGAGUCAAAUCUUGGCAAAUCUUGCGCAAACUUCACCUCUUUUUUUUGUGCUAUUUUUUUCGACUUGCGCGACGCCGAAAAGGAGGGACUGCUCGUUGUCCAAAGCCAAGAGGUAAUCCUUUUAGUACACCUCAUCAGGGACUCCAUGUAUGACUUACAGAAUUGGAACACAUCGUGGUGGGAAGAUGAAAGGGGCGGGGGAGAAAGUGGAAAUGACCGACUUUCUGGCUCAAUCUGAUCUUACUCACAUUUCGACAGGUGAAAUGGAUAUGGAAUCCUUCCACAGGAACUAUUGGAAACGCUAAUGGAGGUAGGCUUUAAUUUUCAAGUGAACAUGCCCUGUUUCGCCCACAACAGGUAGAAUUACAUCUUUUUAGAGCUCAUUCGCUCGGAGUUUACCAUGAUACGCGCAUGUAGUUCCGCUUUUGGUUGUAAUAAUAUCAUUUAUAGACAGGUAAAACAGUUUCCUUCUUCGUCUUCAUUUUCAGGCGAGACACAAGGGAAAAACAGGCUGCGGAACCACAGAUGGUAUUCCAGAUAACACAGAAACAAAAACAAAUCAGCUUGAAUGUUUUCGUUUUACAUUUGAGACUGAAAGCAAUUUCUUUGCUUCUGAGUUGAGAUUUAUCUUUUAAAAGAGGUGAUAUUUUCAAGGCAUGCGAUUUUUUCUGCCGUCCUUAAUGGUAGGAAGAUCUCAAAAACCUACCUGGAUGCUAAUAGCAGCUUCAUACCAGUGUAGAAUUAGAUUUAAGGACAUAAGCUCCCAUUGAGGAACGUGAGAUCGUUUUGCAAAAUUUCCAUAUGAGAUUUUCAGGGCCGGAAUACACUAAACGACGUCAAAGUUCGUGCGGCAGUGCCUCAAGUAAAAAGAAAUAUAAUUUGUAGAUAAAUUCAAAUAAAAUGC